AUGCCCGUGCGCCCGCACAGACCACGCCGCAGAGCGUCCCGCAGAACGCCCUGCACGCCAGAUAGCGUUACCGGCUGGGCUACCGGCCGCGUGCCUACCGGAAAAACCUCUUCUGCGCACCGCCGGCUACCCCGGUGCGCCAUACGUCAGAAAACCUUUGGAAGCAGCGCCGUGCGCUGCGCUGUGCGCUGCGCUCGGCAGCGUCCUUUCUAUAUAAACCGUGUGCUUGUCGCCUCCUUCCAUCCGGUCGCGUGGUCCAUCUCGGCUUGCACGGUCAGGUCCGUCAUGUCGCCCCGAGAAGACCAACGACCUUACAAAUGCGACUUGUGUGGCAAGGGCUUCCACCGCCUCGAGCACAAGCGCAGACACAUCCGCACCCACACGGGCGAAAAACCGCAUGCCUGUAAUUUCCCCGGCUGCGUCAAACGAUUUAGCCGCAGCGACGAGUUGAAGCGUCACGUGCGCACACACAUGAGUACAUCCCGCCGCAAAACGCGGAGCCGGCUCGGCAGUGCCGGCAGCCCAGGCGGUCCGGCCGACGCCGGAGCCGCGGUCGGAGUUCACCAUCCGGUGGUGGUGCACCAACUGCAUGCGCUUGCGCAGGCGGUUGUUGGGCCCGUGCUACAGCCGCUCGCGCAGCCCGUGUUACCCGCCCUGCAUGCGGCGCCGCUGCAGUUACCCGUACCGAGGCCCACCUCGUCGAUGAUGCUCUCGGUCCCGUCCGCGGCCGCCGUCUCUGCGGCGUCGUCUCUGCGGUCGAGCGCGUCUUCGCUCAGUUCUGUGUUCUCGCACACGGGCAGCGCGCUUGCUUCGCCCCAGGUGUCCUCGUUGGAUCUGUACGCGGCGGGCGGAGCCGGCGGCGCUAGCGGCGCUAGCGGAUUUAGCGGAUAUAGCGGCGUCUACGGCUCGCCUCCUCUUGCCGCCAAGAAAUGCCUGUCUCUGCACUCGGUGCUGAACGGCGGCUCCGCGGCAGCCGCUCAAUCCGCGUCUGUGGCUGCGCCACAGACGCCACAAACACUGUGGCCCCUGCCUCGGCGGCAAUCGCGGCGCGCCCGGUUUGAGCUCACUACGGACGACUCGAAGUCCGAUAGCGAUAGCGACGCAAUUGCGUCGCCUACCGAGGUCAAACUGCCCCCAUUGCGCAGCAUGCUGCAUGGCAUAGACCAGUACAAUGCCGGUGCGCGGUGA